AUGUAUGUACGUGAAACACAAGCGAACCGAAAUGAAAUUUGCGCGUCUCCGACAGGCUACGUGGUGGGAGCGACAUUUCCGGUUGGAAUGGAAUGAUGUUCUAUAAUACUCUUAUGUUUGUAUCGUCACUCACAAGCUUCCGUUUCCUCCUCGUCUCUAAGAUCCCUCUCUAUCUGCAUGCGACUGCUCUCAUUCGAAUCUCGCUUUCUUCAAAAGCCUGCGUGAUUGAUUUUCUCUAGCGUUCCACCUCCCAAUCCGAAGAUCUGCGUCUAUGGACAAGGACAAGUCCCCUGCCCAUGGUGGAGGUUUCCCACCCCAAUCAGGCAGGUACUCGGGUUUCUUGCCAACCGGAGCUGCUUUCAAUGUGAAACCUGAGCCAUCCUCUUCAGCGUCGUUUCCUCCGCUGGCCUCGGGUGCUAGUGCAGACUCUGGUCACUUUAGCCAUGAUAUUAGCCGAAUGCCAGAUAACCCACCAAGGAAAUUGGGUCAUAGACGUGCCCAUUCGGAAAUCUUGACCCUUCCAGAUGAUAUUAGCUUUGAUAGUGACCUUGGUGUUGUGGGUGGUGCGGAUGGCCCUUCAUUUUCGGAUGAGACUGAGGAAGACUUGUUCUCUAUGUACCUUGAUAUGGAAAAGUUCAAUUCAUCAUCUGCUACAUCAUCCUUUCAGUUCGGGGAGCCUUCAUCUUCUGCAGCAGCACCUACUCCAGUAAUAGCACCAGUGUCAAGAUCACCCACCUCAUCCGCGGAGAAUAUUGCCAUCGGUUCUAAUGAGAGACCCAGAGUUAGGCACCAACAUAGCCAGUCAAUGGAUGGGUCGUCAACCAUCAAACCGGAGAUGCUGGUCUCCAGUUCAGAAGAUAUCAAUGCAGCUGAUUCCAAGAAAGCGGUGUCAGCUGCUAAGCUUGCUGAGCUUGCCCUGAUUGAUCCAAAACGUGCAAAGAGGAUCUGGGCAAAUAGGCAGUCAGCUGCAAGGUCAAAGGAAAGGAAAAUGCGAUAUAUUGCUGAGCUUGAACAGAAAGUCCAGACGUUGCAAACAGAAGCAACUUCCUUGUCUGCUCAAUUGACUCUCUUGCAGAGAGAUACAAAUGGUCUGACUGCUGAGAACAGUGAACUGAAACUGCGCUUGCAAACAAUGGAGCAACAGGUUCAUUUGCAAGAUGCAUUGAACGAUGCACUAAAAGAAGAAAUUCAGCAUCUGAAAGUUGUGACUGGCCAAGCUAUGCCAAAUGGAGGACCUAUGAUGAACUACGCUUGUUUUGGCGGGGCGGGCCAGCAGCAAUUCUAUCCAACCAAUCAAGCUAUGCACACCCUUCUAACUGCACAGCAGUUUCAACAGCUCCAGAUUCAUUCUCAGAAGCAGCAGCACCAAUUUCAGCAGCAUCAAUUCCAUCAACUUCAGCAGCAACAGAUGCAGCAGCAGCUUCAGCAACAGCAACAGCAAAGUGGGGACUUGAAACUAGGAGGAUCCGUGCCUUCGCCAAGCCAGAAAGAGAAUACAUCAGAGGUCAACCAAUCUGUAACAAAGGAUUGUUAAGAAAUGUUUUCCAGUUAGCAUUUGUUUGUAGUCAGUUGUAUGCAUAUCAUUUUAGUUGUAGAUCGAAUUAUCAUAGUUGUAGCACCUUGUGAUUUGUGUUUUGUUCUGGGUAUUUACGGUGGAUUUAGAUUAUGAAGAUUGUUACUGAAAA